AUGUCUUCAGCUCCAUCCCUCAGUAUUUUACCAAAAACCGAGCAGGGAAACACUUUGUUAUUGAUCUAAUAACAUGAAUAUGCAACGAAUGACCAAAUAUUAUGGGCAUGCAGUUUACCUUACUUACACUCAUAUCAUGUUAACGCUUUAACACGGUGUAGAACAAACAUUUGCAUUCUCUCUCAUUCCAAAACGAGUUGUUUCUCAUCAGAGAUUUAGAGGUAAGUGAAGACAAGGUGUAGAAUAAAAAAAGGGAACUUCUGUGCCACUAGAUCAAAAGGGAAACUAUCACCUCACAGAGCUUCAUUUAUCUUGUGGGUGGCUUUCACAACCUAUCUGCUCAAAGAAGGAACAGUUGUAGCUCUCAGUCGAGAUGACUGCUGUCAAAGAAAUCUUUGUACCAGCUCUGCUGCUCUGGAUCUACUUUGAGACUUGCCUGUCUCAGGAUGGAAACAUGUCUGCUGGGUACACCACUGAGAGCGAUGAUUACACAACGGACGAGCUGGAUUAUGAGUCUUAUAACCAGCAGUGUCAGAAGACCUCCAACCGCCAGUUCCGCUCCUGGUUCAUGCCGAUAUUCUACACCAUCAUCUGCUUCCUGGGUUUGGUCGGUAACAUCCUGGUGAUUGGCACCUAUGUCUACUUCAAUCGGUUGAAGACUGGUACCGACAUUUUCCUGCUCAGCCUGUCCUUCGCCGACCUACUCUUUGCUAUGUCGCUGCCCCUCUGGGCGUCCAAUUACAUGAUGGAGUGGAUGUUGGGGAUGUUAAUCUGCAAGACAAUGCACACCAUCUAUAAGGUCAGCUUCUACAGUGGCAUGUUCCUCCUCACCUCCAUCAGCGUGGACAGGUACUUUGCCAUCUCCAAGGCGGUCUCAGCCCACCGUCACCGUUCCACGGCCGUGUCCGUCAGCAAGUGGAGCGCUGUGGUCAUCUGGUUGGUGGCUCUGGUGUUCUCUGUGCCCGAGAUGUCCUACACCACCAUCAGCAACAACACCUGCACUCCCUACCCGGCCGGCUCAGACAGUGUGCGCGUGGGCAUCCAGGUAAGCCAGAUGGUCCUGGGGUUCCUUCUCCCGUUCGUGGUCAUGGCCUUCUGUUACGGCUCCAUCGUGAACACCCUGUGGCAGGCCAGGAGCUUUGAGAAGAACAAGGCCAUCAAGGUCAUCUUCGCCGUGGUGGCCGUCUUCUUGCUCUGCCAGGUGCCCUACAACCUGGUCCUGCUGCUGACCACUCUGGACACUGUCAGUGGGGGCACCAAGGACUGCAACUAUGACAACGCCCUCCUUUAUGCCUCUGAUGUCACCCAGUUCCUGGCUUUCCUGAGGUGCUGCCUGAACCCCUUUGUGUAUGCAUUCAUUGGGGUGAAGUUCCGCCGUGACCUGCUGAAGCUGAUGAAGGACCUUGGGUGUAUGAGCCAGGAGAGGUUCUUUCAGUACACCUGUGGCAAGAGGAGGAGCUCAGCGGCUGCCACAGAGAGUGAAACCACAACUACCUUCUCUCCCUAAAACUGCUAAAUGUUUGAAAUCUUUCCUAUCAGCCUGGACUACUUUUAUCAAUUCAGUGGUACUGGCUCAAACUGUUUCUGACAGCCAAUAGCCAGAUGUACAUUAUAACUAUUCUACAGUAAUGCAAUAAAGUGUUUGAAUGUUUAA